CAACAACUACGAAUCCAACCACAUAAAUCAUAAACCCUCCGCAACCGCCUUCGCCUCAUUCCCUAAAACCCUAAUCCCCUCUUCACUCCCACCGAAAAAACAAGGGCCUGAAGAUGUUGAGCAGAAUCCUCAGGAGGUCUUCUUCUCAAGCCCCAAGGUGGGCUAUGUCCGCUUUGACCUCCAUCGAAACGGUUUUACACCAUCAGUUCUCAUCGGCGGCGACCUGCGUUGUUGUGCCCAGAAAUGGCGCUGUCUCUGGCGAGAGCAGACCGAGAAGCUCCAGUGGAUUUUAUAAUGACAACAAAUGGAGGGGCUUCCAUGUGCAAUCGAGGCCCUUGGAUUUCAAGGCGUCUCCGACGUCGCAGGCAGAGUUCGCGGUAGACGAUUAUGGCUUCGAGGAAGAGAAGGGGUAUGGUGGAAAAGGGACUGCGAGUAUGAAUAGUGGAGAGGAAGGGCUUGAGAUUGGAAAACUCGGAAUUUCUGAAGAGAUUGUUUCAGCUUUGUCAAAAAGGGGUAUCACCACACUCUUUCCUAUUCAGAAAGCUGUGCUGGAACCAGCGAUGGAAGGUAGGGACUUGUUUGGACGGGCUAGAACAGGAACAGGAAAGACGCUUGCGUUUGGAAUUCCCAUCAUUGACCGAAUCAUUCAGUUCAAUCAAAAGCAUGGACGGGGUCGAAACCCUUUGGCCCUGGUUAUGGCUCCAACAAGGGAACUUGCUCGCCAAGUUGAGAAAGAGUUUCGUGAGUCAGCACCCAGCCUGGAUUCAAUAUGUCUAUAUGGGGGUUCACCUAUUAUGCGCCAAAUGAAGGAGCUUGAUUAUGGUGUUGACGUUGUUGUUGGCACACCUGGCCGCAUCAUUGAUCUCAUGAAGAGAGGUUCUCUAAACUUGUCAGAAGUUCAGUUUGUUGUUCUUGAUGAAGCUGAUCAGAUGCUUGGUGUGGGCUUUGUGGACGAUAUUGAAACAAUCUUCCAGAGGUUGCCACAGAAUAGGCAGAGCAUGUUGUUCUCUGCAACAAUGCCAAGUUGGAUUAAAAACCUCAUCAGGAAUUACCUCAAAGAUCCACUGACUAUUGAUCUUGUUGGGGAUUCUGAUAAGAAGCUGGCUGAUGGAAUCACGCUUUAUUCAAUUGCCUCAGACAUGUAUGAAAAAGCAUCGAUACUCGGUCCUCUUAUAACAGAACAUGCUAAAGGAGGAAAGUGUAUUAUUUUCACUGAAACAAAACGUGAAGCUGAUCGAUUAGCAUAUGCCAUGGCAAGAAAUUUUCGAUGCGAGGCUUUGCAUGGGGAUAUCUCACAGAGUCAGAGAGAGAGGACCCUUUCAGGCUUCCGAAAUGGAAAUUUCAAUAUAUUAGUUGCCACUGACGUUGCUGCCCGUGGCCUUGAUGUUCCAAAUGUUGAUCUGGUAAUACAUUAUGCAUUGCCAAACUGUUCAGAGACUUUUGUUCAUCGAUCUGGCCGUACUGGCCGUGCUGGGAAGAAAGGAACUGCCAUUCUUAUUUACACAGAGGAUCAGACUAGGCAAGUUAAGAUCUAUGAGCGGGAAAUAGGGUGCAGAUUUACACAGCUUCCAAGGAUAAUGGUAGAGAGUGGAAGCAUGGGCAUGAUGAAUGAUAUUGGUUCUGGUGGUCGAUUUGGAGGUGUGAGAGAUCGUCGAUUUGGUGAUACAGGUUUUAGCCGAGCUGGUGGUCAUGGGGAUUAUGGGUCUUUUGGAGGAGCAAGAGAUCGUCGAUUUGGUGAUACAGGUUUUAGUCGGGUUGGUGGUCGUGGGGAUUAUGGAUCUAAUCAUCCCAGGAACCCUGGAUUUGGCCAUUCUAGUGGUCGUGGCCAGUUUUCUGGUCAAUUGAAUGGAUCUGGUUCCUUUGGUUUUAACCGAAAUCAACCAGGGAAUUUUAGUGGUUCUGGUUUUAGUGAACGUGGUAGAUCAGAUCGUUCUAGUACCUUUGCAGACUUUGGUUCUGGUCGUUCCAGUGGAUUUGGUGAUAGUAAUUCCAGCCGAACUAGUGAUGGAUUAAAUGAUCCUCGUUCUAGUCGAUUUGGGAGCUUUGGGGAUUUCCAGAGUGAUAAUUCUAAAAAUGGGAGAAGAUAAGUCCGAGUAAAUAAGUGACAUUCAUACGCUUGCAAUGACAGCUGAAAGGCCGGCAAUGGACAGGGUCAGAUACAUGUAGCGGUAAUGGUGCUGGUAGAAGUAAGGUUAAGAAAACGUUACUGGAUAUUUAAGGAUCAAGAAUCUUUCUUUUGUUGUGUUUAUUAUCAAUUAUAUGGAGGAAAAACAAUAAUUCUUGCUCAAGAUAUUAAGACGAGUGUUUUGACAUGUAAUCUAAUGUUAUUAUUAUUGUUCUCAAA